AUGACCGCAGAAGAGAAAAAAAAAGAUCAGUAUAGCGCCAAAGACAUUCAAGUUUUAGAAAAUAUUGAAGCGGUUCGCAAGCGACCGGGCAUGUAUGUUGGUUCUACCGACGAACAAGGUUGGCAUCAUCUUUUUCAAGAAGUAAUUGACAACUCUAUUGACGAAGCUGUGGCUGGUUAUUGUAGUGAAGUGAAAAUAAUACUCUCUUCCGACCAAAGAACUAUUACUGUUGAAGAUAAUGGGCGGGGAAUUCCGAUUGAAAUCCAUCCCGAAACUCAAAAAAGCACGCUGGAAACCAUUUUUACCGUGCUUCACUCCGGAGGUAAAUUUGAUAAUAAAGUUUACAAAACUUCAGGCGGUCUUCACGGAUUUCAAGAAGGUAUUUUGGUAAAUUCCGAAAUUACUGAUACCCCAGAAGUUAAAAAUGGUAUUGCCAUUGUCUUUACUCCGGAUCACAAAAUUUUUCGUGAAUUUACUCACUUCAAAGCUGAAAAUAUUCAAAAUCGUCUCCAAGAAUUAGCUUACCUUAAUCCCAAGCUUACUUUGCUUUUCUUUCCCAAUCCUGAAGCCGAGCCAACUGUCUAUCAUUUUGAAACCGGUUUGGCUGGUUUAAAAGUUAAUAUUCUCAAAGAAGACGUUUUAGAAAGUUUAACGGCUAUUGUUGCGGUGCGGAUGACUGAACCUGAAUUCACUGGGCAAACCAAGGAUCGAUUAGCCAACAAAAAAGUGCGAGAAAUUGUGAAAAACAUCACCUUAGAUUUGGUGCGAAGGUUUUUUCAAGACCACGGAGCAACUGCAGAAAAUAUUGUUCGCAAGAUUAUUGACACGGCUCAAAUUAGAGUCAAAACCGAGGAACACCAAAUGCUGUUGCGGGAGGGAAGGCAGACCACUAUCUUACCGGGAAAACUAGCAGAUUGUAUUUCGAAAAAACCAGAAGAGAACGAGUUAUUUAUCGUUGAAGGAGAAUCGGCCGGGGGUAGUGCCAAAUCGGGUCGUGACCCUAACAUUCAGGCCGUCCUAGCCUUGAAAGGAAAGAUUAUUAAUGUUGAAAAAUCUGAACGAAUUAAAAUUUUUAAAAAUGAAGAGAUUAAAAAUUUAACCAACGCCUUAGGUUUUAGUGUUAAUGAAGCCACUCAGAAUUAUUAUAAUCGGUUUCAGCCUAAGUUAGAAACUGAGUUCUCAACUGAUGACUUGCAAAUUACUGAGGAUUUUAUUUACGAGGAUGAACAAGGACAAAAGAACACUAUUUCUGCUUACCAACCCUUAGCUUCUGAACAACUACAAAUCAUAGUUGACAAAACUCGAGUAAGUUUGCUGAAAAAGCUGCGUUACGGAAAAGUGGUUAUUAUGACCGACGCGGAUGCUGACGGAAAACAUAUUGAAUGUUUAGCCUUGGCUUUUUUCGCUCGUUAUUUUCGUUAUUUAAUUGAAGAACACCGCUUAUUUCUAGCGGUGCCGCCUCUCUACAAAGUUCAAAAUAAGAAAGAAGUCAAAUACCUUUAUAGUGACCAGGAAUUAACUGAUUACUGCCGAGACAAGCAAAAAGGAUAUACUAUUCAACGCUUCAAAGGUUUGGGAGAAAUGAACCCGCCCCAAUUACGGGAAACUACUAUGGCUUUGCGGCGUCGCUGCCUACACGAAUUACUUUAUUCUAACCCUCCCACUAUUCGCCAAAUUAUUGAAGAAAUGAUGGGUCCUAAAAGUCUUUAUCGAAAGCAGCGUCUCGAAAGCGGAGAACAUAAGCAUGCCCAAGUAACAGUUAAGGAAAAUAAUCAAAUUGAAAUUGACCAGGCUUUACUAGUUAAAUUUCUAACUUAUGCUUACGAAGUGGUGGAAGAACGGGCUUUGCCCCAGUUACAUGACGGCUUGAAGCCAGUGCAAAGAAGGAUACUUUACACCCUUUACGAAUUAAAUCUUGGACCGAAUAAAUCGCACCGGAAAUCUUCAAAGGUAGCCGGAGAUGUAACAGGUAAUUAUCAUCCUCACGGCACCGAAAGUGUUUACCAAGCUAUGGUCAAGAUGGCCCAAGAUUUCAAUUAUCGUUAUCCGCUAAUUGACGGACAAGUUGACAACUACGAUGAAACUCGUCAAGAGCCAAAAAUAUUACCAGCUAAUCUCAAUUUGCUUCUUAAUGGCUCGAGCGGGAUUGCCGUAGGAAUGAGCACCAAUAUUCCCCCUCAUAACUUAGGCGAAAUUUGUCCUAACUGUCGCAGUGAGAAAAUAGAAACUAGUCUCGUUGGACCAGAUUUUCCCGGCGGAGGAAUAAUUUUAGACCGCGAAAAUUUACUGGAUAUUUACGAGCGAGGAGAAGGAACCAUUCAUAUUCGGGGUAAAGCCGAAGUCAUUUCUUCAAGAAAGGAUAAAGAAAAGAAAGACUUAAUUCAUAUUACGGAACUGCCUUUCAAGGUUAACAAAGCCAAAUUAGUGGAAAGAAUUGGUCAAAUUAUUAAGGACAAGGAUAAUAAGAUUGAGGGUUUAUUAAGUGUUGCUGAUUACUCCAACUGA